UAAGCUUAGCUAGAGAAAAACAAGAAGAAGAAAAAAAAAAUGGAGGGAACAAGUUUCGAAAUUAGUUUGGCCAGAAAGAUAGAAACAAGGCCCAAAGUGUUACUCGCUACCAACGACUACGAAACAUCUAACAAAUGCCGUGGGUUAGUUCACUCUAUAAAUCAAGAGGAGGAACCUCUGUUGUCGUCUGUUCAAAAACAGAUCAGCUUCACUGGAGGAUUUUGUAUUGCUUCUCCACCCGUCCGAGGUUUGAUCUGUUUUCAUGACGUAAAAGAAGAUAAACACUAUAGGUAUUCGAUUUACAAUCGGGCUACGAAAACUUGUCGGACUAUAGCAAGAAUCCAAGCGGAUGAAAAAACGUUGAUAGAAACUCAUUUCGGAUACGAUGAAAUAAAUGAUGCAUUCAAGUUGUUAUGUAUAAAGUCCAAUCUCGAAAAUUUAUGGGACCCAACAUAUGAGGUUUUGACGGUGGGACGGCCGGGUGAAGAAGAAUCUUGGAGAAGAAUCGAAUGCAAAGUUCCUCAUACUUCGGUUAGUCAUCAUGGAGUAUUUGACGACAGAGGAACUUUGUACUACCUAGCUCAGUGCAAGUAUGAUGAUACUCACACAAAGAAUGAUAUAAUGAGCUUCAACGUCAGCUCUGAAGAAUUUACACCCAUUCCAUCACCUGACGGAGUCGAUCUGAUUAAUAUAGGUAAUUGGAGACUUGUCAAUUACGACAAGAAAAUUGUGUUGGUGGACGACAAAAAUGGUUUCGCUUAUGACCCAAACGGCGAUGUGUACUUUGAUACUUGGCCGGUUUUCGAAGAACGACGACGCAUACUGAUUCGUAACUGGAGAGACAACACUAGAGGUCCUGCAGCUAAUGAACUAUGUGACUACGAUCGCUUCCGAGGUACCACAAGAACAGGCGAGCUUGUUUUCUCACCAACUAAGGUUACGACAGAGGGGUCAGUCACUGUGAUCUUUUACAAUACGAGUACGCAAACAUUUAGAAAAUCCGUGGUUCAACUUUUGGGUCCAGGUCAAGAUGAGGACCGUUACGUUGAUACAUUCUUGGAUAAUUAUGUCCAUAAUCCUCUGCCUGUCUGAAGAACAAGCGUUGGUCCAUUCAUUGGGAUUAAAUAUUCUCUAAGUACUAGCCAUAUAUCUAGUAAUUAUUAAGCUUACUUUUAUUGGGAUUUGUUAAGUUUUCAUUUCUAUUGUCCAUAAUUAAUCUUUAUUUAUGCUAUAUAAUAAUGUUCUGGGAUUGGUCGUAAUUACAUUUCUGUUGUCGUACGUUCAUCCUCUUUAUUUAUAA